AAGCCGAUCAGCUGAUGUAAAAGAAACAACAUCUAAAAGGGUCUGACACAACACAUCACCGCUAGCGGACUUUCUGACCAGCGUUAGCUACAUGAGGCAGUCUGCGCCGAGGCGUUAGAUAAUGUUCGUGUCUACUUUCAGACUGUCGAGGCAGCUUUUAAGUUAACGUCGUCCGCCGGACUGGUAGCAACUAGGUCGGCCGACUGAAAUGAAGCUUGUUUGUGUGUCCAGAAGCUCUUCUCUUUGUGUGGCCGGUAUAGCGAACGGUUGUUUAUUGUUGUUUACUCGUGGGGUAUAUUUUUAGGCCAUAUGACAAGCACACCGGGUUACUUUUAAGUAGAAACUGACAAUUAUUUAGCCAGAAAAUAGACACAGGGCAGCUAAUUCCAGCUAGCAAACUGCUACCAAAUCAUAUAGUGUGUUAAAUACUUGUCUGGACGAGUGUAUUUAAAAACGAGGAGUGCUUAAUUAUACACUAGAAAUUCUCAAGCAGUACAAAGGUGCUCGUUUGAACAUUUUAUACUAUACGUGACAGAUUUGUUCAUGAGUUGUUUGGAGGACUACAAAGAAAAGUUACAUGACAUCCAGUAUCAAAGAUUUACUUGACAGUGCCAAAGCCUCGUGUCCUCGGCGUUUGUUUUGCAAUCUCAGUUGCUCACGGUUUUACUUGAAGCCAUAGCUCCUGCGUGUUAUCGACACCACUGGUACUGGACUGACCUGUCAGGACUGACAUGAGUGGUCAAGGUCCAGCAGUAGAUAAAGGAAUGAACACAGUCCUAGUCUGCCAGGAAAGCUACGCCUGUGGGGGUUCAGAUGAGGCUGCCUUCGAAUGUGAUGAGUGUGGCAGCUUGCAGUGUGCCCGCUGUGAGCUGGAGCUCCACCGCCAGGAGCGCAUGAAGAACCACGACCGGGUCCGGAUCGCCCCGGGCCACGUUCCCUUCUGCGACUCCUGCAAAGGUGACAGCAGCUGCUCCGUCAGGCUGAGAGCGGCGGUGCGCUGCCAGGGCUGUAAGAUCAACCUGUGCUUGGAUUGCCAGAAACGCACCCACAGCGGAGUCAACAAGAGGAAGCACCCUCUGGCGCCGUACCCUCCUGCCAAAACUGCACAGGAGAACAGUUCGACGUCCGGGGAGUCGGAGAUGGAGAUCCUGAAAUCCAAGCUGGAGAAGGUGUCCAGCUUCCUGUUAGUGGAUGAGAAGGAGGAGAUGCAGGUGAAGGAUGAGGAGGACUUUGUUGACAGACUGGGCUGCAGACCAGAUGAGCUCCUCAAGGUGGUUUCCAUCUUUGGAAACACCGGAGAAGGAAAAUCCCACACCCUCAACCACACUUUCUUUCUUGGCAGAGAAGUGUUCAAGACCUCCCCCACGCAGGAGUCCUGCACUGUUGGUGUUUGGGCAGCCAUGGACCCUCUGCACUGGGUCGUAGUCCUCGACACAGAGGGACUGCUCGGCGCUGGAGCGAAUCAGGGUCAGCGAACACGCCUGCUCCUCAAGGUCCUGGCUAUUUCUGAUGUCGUUAUUUAUCGAACUCAUGCUGACCGUCUCCAUGACGAUCUCUUCAAGUUCCUCGGCGAUGCAUCAGACGCCUACUUGAAACAUUUCAGCCGGGAGUUGAAGGCGACUACCACCCGCUGUGGUUUGGACGUCCCGUUGUCCACUCUGGGCCCUGCAGUGAUUAUCUUCCAUGAGACUGUUCACACCAAGCUACUAGGAUCAGACAAGCCAUCUGAAUCGGCCGAUCGGCUGCUCCAGGAGCGUUUCAGGAAGCUGGGCCUGUUUCCAGAAGCGUUCAGCUCCAUCCAGUACCGUGGGACUCGGACCUACAACCCUCCCACGGACUUCAGUGGCUUACUGCGCAGCCUGGAGCAGCAGCUGGACAACAACACCACCCGCUCGCCACGUUCUGCCAGCGUCAUCUACAAGGCUCUGCAAGCCCUGAGUGAGCGCUUCAGUGGGGAGAUUUCAGACGACCACAUGACUAGCAACUCCUUCUUUCCAGACGAGUACUUUACCUGCUCCAGCGUCUGCCUCAGCUGCGGAUCAGGCUGUAAGAGGAGCAUGAAUCACCUAAAGGAAGGAUUCGACCACGAAGCCAAACAUCGCUGCCGCUACUCGGCGCAGUACGACAAUCGCAUCUACACUUGCAAGGCGUGCUAUGAAGGAGGAAAGGAGGUAAUAGUGGUUCCCAAAACGACGGCCUCGUCUGACUCACCGUGGUUUGGCUUGGCCAUCUACGCUUGGUCCGGAUAUGUCAUUGAGUGUCCGAACUGUGCAGUGAUCUACAGGAGCAGGCAGUACUGGUAUGGAAACCAGGACCCGGUGGAAACAGUGGUCAGAACAGAGAUCCAGCACAUCUGGCCUGGGUCGGAUGGUUUUUUGAAAGACAACAACAAUGCUGCUCAGAGGUUGUUGGAUGGAGUCAAGUACAUCUCUCAGUCCGUGUCUGAACUCAGCGUCAAGCCUGCCAAAGCCGUCACUUCAUGGCUCACCGACCAGAUUGCUCCAACUUAUUGGAAAGCCAACUCCCUUAUUCUGAAAUGCCAUAAAUGCGGAGAGGAGUUCCAGCCCAACGACGCCAAGCACCACUGCCGCGCCUGCGGAGAGGGAUUCUGUGACGCCUGCUCUUCCAAAACCAGGCCGGUCCCGGAGAGGGGCUGGGGCCUCGCACCUGUCAGAGUCUGCGACGCGUGUUUCCACAACAGGGGAAUCCCGACAGAGCUGCUGGAUGCUGCCUUGGAGGAGGAGGGAAGCACUUUGAUAGCGCGGAAGGUCGGCGAGGCGGUUCAGAACACUUUCGGGGCUGUAGUGGGUGCCAUCGACAUACCUUUCGGCCUGGUGAAGGACGCCGCUCGCCCGGCCUACUGGGUCCCAGAUCAGGACAUCCACUCCUGCUGCGAGUGCCAAAGGGAGUUCUGCCCACGCCUCUCCAUCCACCACUGUCGCUCCUGCGGCCAGGGCGUGUGCGACGAGUGCUCCCAGGAGCGGCGCCCCGUGCCGUCCCGCGGUUGGGACCACCCAGUGAGGGUCUGCAACACCUGCAACCAGAAACCCGGGGAACUCUAGCACGAAGGGAAGGCGGAACCUCGGAGCGGGAACGGUCGCCCUUAAUCACGGAGGCGUCGAGCUCUGGGAAAAACUGGAAGUGACGGCCUUCUGGGUCUAGCUAUUAAGCUUCACUUGGCAUUUUCUGGCUGUCUAGCCUGCGGCAGGUUAAGCUAAUGUGUACUUUUUUUUUUGGUUCCCCGCGGGGGGAAUUUGAGUUGACACAGCUGCAGCACAGGGAGUUAACAUCACAAAAGAUAUUUCCAUAAACCGGUGGACUCAU